GCAUGUGGCGGAGACGGAGCAGCUUAAUGAGCAAAGCACAAAAAGACACGGAACUGAAUCAGACCAUGACAAAGGUGGGGGAGUGAAAGGAGAAUGAACGAACAAACAAACUGAAAAGGGCAUUUGUGAUUGAUUUUGGAGAGAAUUUAACAAAGCACAUAGCAAGUUCUGUGGAAGAAGGGAGAUUGGUUUGGUGGGGGAGCAUUAGUUUUUGAAGUGAUAUUGAUGCUUUGGAAGUGUAGUUAAUUUGCAGCUCUUCUCACACCAAAAAGAACUGAAAAGGCAUUUCCUCUCUUUUCAUGGCAACAGUGUUGGUUUUAACGGUAAAGUUGGUUAGGGCGGUGGGUCGAACGUAGGCUUUUGUGGAGUUUGAUGUAAAUUAAGGUUGCAAGGAUUCCCAGCAAGCGUAUCAGUGACAUUAAUUUGGGCGAGUUAGUGUACAAGAAAUUCGACUUUAAACAUGUCUGUUACGCUUUUAUGGGUUGUGCCCUCUCAAUCAGAUUUUUCCAAUGGUUUUGGGCUACUUGAUUCAUUCCGGCAUGGAAUUCACUUGAAAAAAAUUGUAUCUCCAGAUCGGAGUAUGUUGUUUAAUUUUAGAGGAAAAAAGGGUAGGAAACGGUCUUGGAAUACAUUCUCUUUUGGCACAGAUUUGAGACAUCUAUCUCUAGGUGGUUCUGGUUUAGAGAGUGGAAGUAACGUGGCUGUAAUUCCAAGUGCUGUAGCUAGUCCAGCUGGAGAAAUGGCUGUGUCAUCAGAGGAGAAGGUUUAUAAUGUGGUACUGAAGCAGGCUGCCUUAGUUAAGAGGCAGCUGGGGUCUAGUGGGGAUCUUGAUGUCAAGCCGGAUAUUGUUGUGCCAGGGACUUUGGGCUUGUUGGAUGAGGCUUAUGACAGAUGUGGAGAAGUGUGCGCUGAAUAUGCCAAAACAUUUUAUUUGGGAACUUUGCUGAUGACUCCAGGAAGAAGGAGAGCUAUUUGGGCAAUAUAUGUGUGGUGUAGGAGGACUGAUGAGCUUGUUGAUGGACCUAAUGCGUCACAUAUAACACCAUCUGCUUUAGAUAGAUGGGAAGGAAGGUUGGAAGAUCUUUUCAAUGGUCGUCCAUUUGAUAUGCUUGAUGCUGCAUUAUCACACACUGUUGCCAAAUUUCCAGUUGAUAUUCAGCCCUUCAAAGACAUGAUUGAAGGAAUGAGGAUGGAUCUAAAGAAAUCAAGAUACAAAAAUUUUGAUGAACUGUACCUCUAUUGUUAUUAUGUUGCUGGUACUGUUGGGUUGAUGAGUGUUCCUGUUAUGGGCAUUGCACCUGACUCUCAAGCAACUACAGAGAGUGUUUAUAAUGCUGCAUUGGCUUUGGGGAUUGCAAAUCAGCUUACCAACAUUCUAAGGGAUGUUGGAGAAGAUGCACGAAGGGGAAGGAUUUAUCUACCACAGGAUGAACUAGCACAGGGAGGACUUUCAGAUGAUGACAUUUUUGCUGGAAAGGUGACAGAUAAAUGGAGAAACUUCAUGAAGAAACAAAUUAAGAGGGCAAGGAUGUUCUUUGAUGAGGCAGAAAAAGGAGUGACAGAGCUCAGUUCAGCUAGUAGAUGGCCGGUAUGGGCAUCCUUGCUGUUGUAUCGACAGAUACUAGAUGAGAUAGAAGCUAAUGAUUAUGACAACUUCACAAAGAGGGCUUAUGUGGGCAAGGCAAAAAAGAUAGCUGCUCUGCCGGUUGCAUAUGGAAGAUCGCUCAUUGGCACAUCAAGAACAACACUGAGUAAGUCCCAACCUGAAAAAUGAAUGUAAAACAUUUGAACCAAUAUUAUAUAUAGUUUAAAAAAAAAAAAAAAAGUCAAAAGAAAGGAAAAUCAGAACAUGCAUAUUAGAUUAGCAAUGAUUGUAAAAUAAUGCAGCAAGUAUUCAUUCAAAUUAGAAUGGUUCAUUAGUCUACAUUCCAGAUUGGACUUUCUUGUAUUUAAUUGAAUUAGAGUUGCUUGGUCAAUGGAGCAUGAAAUUGAUUAAGGGCAAGUGCUACAACUGUCCAAGUGGAAUUUUCAUGCUAGGCAUGGGUACUAAUGAUCAUGACAUUACCGACUGAAUGUUAUUCUAGAAGGAGAAUAAGAGGGAAUUUACUGA